UGUUCCAGCUAUAAAACUGAUGAGUGGAUAGUUGUUCCAGACUGUCACCAGAUAGCUUUCAAUUCCUGUAAUGUAGCGUUCACCAAAGCUAAGGAAGAGCAUGGCUGCGUAAUGCUGCGUGUGACGGCAGAGAGUCAUGGGAAGACCUCCAAACCAGCCAAAGCCUGCAGCAGACAUGGGGACUCCUGUACCCCUGAUUUCAGUCUGACUGCACGGCCUGGCUCCCUGACUGUACAGCUGACCAUGAACCACAGUCUGGCUCCGGAUUAUGCAGGCCAAAUAAAACAUAGGAUUUACUAUGGCAAGGGAGAGCAACUGGAGGCGUAUAUAGAUGUUAGUUCCUCAAAAACUAUCAGUGAACUGGACCAGGGCCAGCGGUACUGUGUAGCAGUGCAGUAUGUUCGCUACGACACCCCUCAUGGACCGAGAAGCUGUAUCCAGUGUGAGCUCAUCCCUGAGGCAGGUUACUCAACCCAUACAAGGAUAAUAGUAGCUGUGGUGGUUGCUGUUGUCCUGGUCGCUGUGAUAACUGCAGUAGCACACAUCCUCAUCUUUCAUCGCAAAAAAAUCAAAAGCUGCCUGCAACCCCGAUACCAGAUGCCACAUUCGGUCCUUGAGCCACUUGACAUUCCCAACUUCACCAGCAGCCAGACUGAGGAGCACUGCGAUGUCAUUUCCAGCUUCACUCCUGAGGAGAUCGGAGGGAAAUGAAAACACAGCUGGCCUC